GGGGAGGGGAGCGGCGCCCGGGCCGGGCCCUGGGGGUCGCGGGGUGGGCAGGAGGAGGCGGCAGGAGGGCAGCUGGCAGCCGUACGGGAUGGCUGGGAGGGAAAGGGUCCGGCGUCGGCCGGCCGCAUCCUCUCGCGUCCCCCUCCGCCGCCGUUCCUCAGGCCGCGCCACUCCCGGAGCCCCUUCCCCGGCCCCGACAGGGUGUCCGGGGGCCCCGGGCUCGGCCGGCUGUGGGGGAGGGGGCUGCGUAGUGUCGGCCCCCGAGAGGGGAGGGGCGACAAUUUCUGUCGGCCGAGCGAAAGGGGUUUAAAGGGCGGCUCUUAAAGGGGCCGCAGGAGGGGCCCGGGCAGACCGAGGCACGCACCCCUUCCCCAGCCGCCUUCCAUUGCGCUCACCCGGGCGCUGGGCCCAGAGAGGAAUGCGGAGGAAAGAGGCAUUUGUGGGGCGGCCUCGGGGACAGAGCCCCGCCAGCGGGGAGGCCCUGUGUGGGCCGCGGCCCGGGCCUCACCAUGGAGUCCAUGUUCGAGGAGGACAUCAGUAUCCUGACGCAGGAGGCCCUGGGGCCUAGUGAGGUGUGGCUGGACGGUCCCGGAGACCCCUCGCUUGGGGGCGACAUGUGCUCCGCCUCCCACUUUGCCCUCAUCACUGCUUAUGGAGACAUCAAGGAACGGCUGGGGGGCCUGGAGAGGGAGAACGCCACCCUCCGACGCCGCCUCAAAGUCUACGAGAUCAAGUACCCACUGAUCAGUGACUUUGGAGAGGAGCAUGGCUUUUCUCUGUAUGAAAUCAAGGAUGGCUCCCUGCUAGAGGUGGAGAAGGUCAGCCUGCAGCAACGGCUCAACCAGUUCCAGCACGAGUUACAGAAGAACAAGGAGCAGGAAGAACAGCUUGGAGAAAUGAUCCAGGCCUACGAGAAACUCUGCGUGGAGAAGAGUGACUUGGAGACGGAGCUGGGGGAGAUGAGGGCCCUGGUGGAGACGCACCUGCGUCAGAUCUGUGGUUUGGAGCAGCAGCUGCGGCAACAGCAAGGCCUCCGGGAUGCAGCCUUCUCCAACCUGAGCCCGCCGCCAGCCCCCGCCCCGCCCUGCACUGAUUUAGACCUGCACUACCUGGCACUGAGAGGGGGAUCUGGCUUGAGUCAUGCAGGCUGGCCGGGCCCCACACCCAGUGUAAGUGACCUGGAGCGGCGGCGGCUGGAAGAGGCUUUGGAGGCGGCGCAGGGAGAGGCCCGGGGGGCUCAGCUCCGGGAGGAGCAGCUCCAGGCCGAGUGUGAGCGGCUGCAGGGGGAGCUGAAGCAGCUGCAGGAGACCCGGGCCCAGGAUCUGGCCUCCAACCAGUCAGACCGAGACAUGGCAUGGGUGAAAAGAGUUGGGGACGAUCAGGUGAAUUUGGCGCUGGCCUACACCGAGCUGACGGAGGAGCUGGGCCGGCUUCGGGAGUUGAGUUCCCUACAGGGGAGAAUCUUGAGGACUCUGUUGCAGGAGCAGGCCCGGAGUGGCGGCCAGAGGCACUCGCCACUGUCACAACGCCACUCCCCGGCCCCCCAGUGCCCCUCCCCCUCCCCGCCUGCCCGAGCGGCUCCCCCGUGCCCCCCGUGCCAGUCCCCCGUACCCCAGCGCCGCUCUCCCGUGCCCCCGUGCCCCUCGCCGCAGCAGCGCCGCUCUCCGGCCUCACCCUCCUGCCCGUCGCCCGUCCCGCAGCGCCGCUCGCCGGUGCCGCCGCCGUGCCAGUCCCCCAGCCCGCAGCGCCGUUCCCCGGUGCCCCCCAGCUGCCCGGCCCCGCAGCCCCGGCCGCCGCCGCCGCCCCCGCCGGGCGAGAGGACGCUGGCCGAGCGCGCCUACGCCAAGCCGCCCAGCCACCACGUGAAGGCCGGCUUCCAGGGCCGCCGCAGCUACUCUGAGCUGGUGGAGGGCGCGGCCUACGCGGGCGCCUCCCCGCCCUGGCUGCAGGCGGAGGCGGCCACUCUCCCCAAGCCCCGGGCCUACGGCAGCGAGCUCUACGGCCCCGGCAGGCCCCUCAGCCCGCGGCGGGCCUUCGAGGGCAUCCGGCUGCGCUUCGAGAAGCAGCCGUCAGAGGAGGACGAGUGGGCUGUGCCCACCAGCCCGCCCAGCCCGGAGGUGGGCACCAUCCGCUGCGCCUCCUUCUGCGCGGGCUUCCCUAUCCCCGAGUCGCCCGCCGCCACCGCCUACGCCCACGCCGAGCACGCGCAGUCCUGGCCGUCCAUCAACUUGCUGAUGGAGACGGUGGGCUCCGACAUCCGCAGCUGCCCCCUCUGCCAGCUGGGUUUCCCUGUCGGGUACCCGGAUGAUGCCCUCAUCAAACACAUUGACUCCCACCUGGAGAACAGCAAGAUCUAGGGCACCACCCCCACCCACUGGCUGUUUCUCUGUCCUCUCCUAUCACCCCCAAACACUCACUUUGAAUGCUGCAUGAAUCUCGUGGGGGGUCCCUGCCCUUGCGACCCCCAGAUACCUCCACUUGCUACCGAGUCAACGUGUGUGCCAUCUUCCCUGGUCCAGGCACCACUCAGCUCUGGCUCUUCCUGGGAGGUCAGCCGAGGCUCCCCCCGUGCUCCUGGUUUUUGCUUAGGAGGUGGGGACUUGGGCUGGGAUGGGGACGGCAUACCCCUCCCAGGCCUCUCCCUCUGCCUUUCUGUUCUUAAACAGGGUUAGAUCCAAGAAGGUGUCCAGUGCUUGGGCCUGGGGUGGGGGGAGAGGACUCCAGGAGCUCCUGCGCCCCUCCCCAAAUGUCCGUCUUUCUCAGACGGGGCUCUGUCUGGGGAGCACCCACAGGCUGUCUUUGGGGUCCCAGAGCCUGCUCUGCGCAAUGACCCUAGUUCCUCCAUCCUGUGGCCAGCCUAGGGCUCAUGGCAUGGGCCCCUAUUGGGGGAGGGAGGCAUCUUGUUUCUUGCGGUUCCCUGCAGGCCAGCCCUGUCCUCCUUUCCCUGUUCUGCCCACUCUGAGGAAUAGGGAGGGGAGGAGAGGAGAGGAGAGGGAGGAUCCUGGAGGACUGGGAAGAUCUAGUCUAAAGAGGCUUCUCUGAGGGCCAGGGCCCUACAGCAUGCCCCUAUGGCCAGGGGACUGUCUGCCAGCCUCCCAGGCCCAUGCCCUCCUGGCGCCCCUGGCACUGAGGCACAGAUCAUCAAGGCAGAUGCCCCCUCAACCCUUCUUCCACUGGAGCCCCUGACACCACAGGUGCCCUGGAGCCCUUGUGUGACUCAGCCUCUGUUAGCUGGGUGAGUGUCAUCAGCCCCUGCCUCCCAGGCCAGAACCCGAGAACGGGCCCAGGGUGCUGUGGAGAUCAACUUCAAAAGAGCUAACCCCUUCCCACACUCCACCCACCCACCUACAUUUCCUCUGUGAAAUCUACCUCAGAGUCGUACCCUCAGAAGGACGGGUAAGCAGGAGGCCAGGGGGUCCCCAGGGCUGAAGUGGGGAGCCUUCUACGGCGAAAGUCUGCCACCCCACAAUGAAUCCACCCCGCUCCACUGCGCGCCUCUCCCAGGUCUCAGCUCUGGGUGGAGAGCAGUGGCCGCUACUGACAGCGCAUGUCCGCUCUUAUCCAACUCUUCCAGGCCCCACCUCCCUGCACCCCUCCCCUCUAUCGAGCAGGGGAGUGAGGGGAUGUGUCGGGCAGGGAAGGGGCCAAGGACACGUCAUUGUACCCUGAGCAUCCCCAGGGAGCGGAAAUGGGGAAGGGGGCCUGGAGAGGGGAGGCGGGGGCCCCUGUGCUCUCUGAACAAGUUGAAAGUCCAAAUAAAACUUACCUGUUCCAUCUGC